AUCGGAUUGACAGAGAGCACCGCGGGACCCACCCUUAAGUGGUCAAAUGAGUUAUAGCUUUGCUGCUGCCGGUUUUGGAUGACGCUUUGGGACCUAACACGAAUACACUGACUCUCUGUGUGUUUUUCUACGAAGUAUGACGGAUAAACACGUUGAAUGAGAAGGGAUAUUGACGUCGUACGCCGCUUGCCUUCCAACCAAGUGAAUCCGGUCUAGUGGAAGCAGGAUGGAGACUCUGAUUCCCACCGUCAACCGUCUGCAGGAGGUUUUCCUCACAGUGGGCGCAGAGAUCAUUCAUCUGCCUCAGAUCGUCGUGGUCGGAUCUCAGAGCAGCGGGAAGAGCUCGGUGUUGGAGAGCCUUGUCGGACGUGAUUUUCUGCCCCGAGGCUCGGGGAUCGUCACCAGACGACCGCUGGUGUUGCAGCUUGUCAAUGUUGCACCUCUGGAGGAGCGGCUGAAGACUGAAAAUGGAAAUGGGGUAAAACAAACUGCACAAAACAGCUACCCAGGUAUCAAAGCUGAAGAAUGGGGGACUCUCUUGCACUGCAAGAAUCAGGUUUUCACAGAUUUUGGAGAAAUUCGGCGGGAAAUCGAGGCAGAGACUGAACGUUCUUCAGGCAACAACAAGGGAAUUACUCCCGAGCCCAUACAUUUGAAGAUUUUCUCGCCUAAAGUCCUCAAUCUGACCCUUGUUGAUUUACCUGGCAUCACAAAGGUCCCUGUUGGGGAUCAGCCCGAGGACAUCGAAUCUCAAGUGCAGGAGAUGAUCUUGUCCUUUAUCUCCAAUCCCAACUCCCUCAUCCUCUCUGUGUCAGCCGCCAACUCCGACUUGGCCACCUCGGAUGCUCUGAAAUUGGCUCGCGAGGUAGAUCCAGAUGGUCGACGGACACUGCUGGUGGUCAGCAAACUGGAUUUGAUGGACGCGGGGACAGAUGCUCUGGAGGUCCUUCUCGGUCGAGUCAUUCCAGUCAGGCUCGGUAUCAUCGGGGUGGUUAACAGGAGCCAGCAUGACAUCAACACUCAGAAGAGCCUGGGGGACUGCAUGAAGGACGAGCAGGCCUUCUUGCAGCGCCACUACCCAUCGCUGGCCUCCCGUGCCGGCUCACGCUACCUGGCCAAAACGCUCAGCAGGCUGCUCAUGCACCACAUCCGCGACUGCCUGCCAGACCUAAAGACCCGCGUGACUGUGCUCAGCGCCCAGUACCAGUCGCGCCUCAAUAGUUACGGCCAGCCGGUGGAGGACCACAGCGCCACCCUGCUGCAGAUUGUCACCAAAUUUGCGAGCGAUUACUGCAACACCAUCGAGGGAACGGCGCGCUACAUUCAAACCUCGGAGCUAUGUGGUGGCGCUCGCAUCUGUUACAUCUUCCACGAAACCUUUGGCCGCACGCUGCAGUCCAUCGACCCUCUCGGAGGGCUGACGGAGCUCGAUAUCCUCACUGCCAUCCGAAAUGCUACCGGUCCACGUCCUGCACUUUUUGUCCCAGAGGUGUCAUUCGAGUUGCUGGUGAAGCGUCAAAUCAAGCGUCUGGAGGAGCCCAGUCUGCGAUGUGUGGAGCUGGUCCACGAAGAGCUACAAAGGAUCAUCCAGCACUGCUCGUCCUUUAGCACGCAGGAGCUUCUAAGAUUCCCCAAACUUCAUGAUUCCAUUGUGGAAGUCGUGACUGGAUUACUGCGGAAGCGCUUGCCAAUUGCCAAUGAAAUGGUGCAUAAUUUAGUAGCAAUAGAGCUUGCCUACAUCAACACGAAGCAUCCGGACUUCACGGAUGCGGCGCAGGUCUCUGCAUCCGUCAACAGUCAGCAGGCAGAGGCCCUUGAUGGAACCAAGCGCUGGAAGAAUGAGAAGGCCGCAGAGGAGAAAACCCCACCUUCAGGCUUUGGCAGCCCCAGCAAAGGCCAGCCCAUUAACCUUCUUGACACAGCAGUGCCCGUGUCCCGCAAGCUGAGUUCGAAGGAGCAGAGGGACUGUGAGGUCAUCCAGCGCUUAAUCAAGUCUUACUUCCUCAUCGUCCGCAAGACCAUCCAGGACAGCGUGCCCAAGACUGUCAUGCACUUCCUGGUGAACUUUGUCAAAGAGCAUCUGCAGAGCGAGCUGGUGGGUCAGCUGUAUAAGCAGACGCUACUCCAGGACCUGCUCAUUGAGUCUCAGGACACGGCACAGCAGAGGACGGAGGUCGCUCAAAUGCUGCAGGCACUCAAAAAAGCCAAUAACAUCAUCUCUGAGAUCAGAGAGACACACCUGUGGUAGCUAAAGGACACCCACACUCCUCACUUUCGAGACAACAGCAUUAAUGAUGUACAGUGACUAUAAGUCUACACACCCCUGUCUACACACCCCAAUAAAAAAAAGACCAAGAUCAAUCAUUUCAGAACAUUUUCCGCCAUUAAUGUGACCUAGAACCUUAACAACAUAAUUGAAAAGAAAAUGAAAUCCUUUCAAGAGAAGAAGCAUAAAUAAACAACUGAGAUAAUGUGGUUGCACAAGUGUGCACACCCUCUUAUUUCAGGGGAUGUGGGUGUGUUCAGAAUGAACCAAUCACAUGCAAACUCAUGUUAAAUGGGAGUCAGCACACAUCUGCCAUCAUUUAAAGGGCCUCUGAUUAACCCCAAAUAAAAUUCAGCUGCUCUAGUAGACUUUGCGGCAUGGUGAAUGACUGCUUAGCACAUCUGCCUCACACUUGUGAGGACCCGGGUUCAAAUCCGGCCUCGCCUGUGUGGUGUUUGCAUGUUCUCCCCGUGCCUGUGUGGGCUGUCGGGAUGCAGUGUCACGUGAAUUUGUCAUUCAAGCUGGAAUUUUCCAACUCACGCGAAUCGGCGAAAAAGUGAAUUUUCGUGUGUUCGCCCCACUUGCAUCGCCUGGCUUGAAUUCGCACCAUUUGCACAUUUACAUUGACUUCGGGGUAGCACGGUGGAUGACUGUUUAGCACUUCUGCCUCACAGUUCAACUCCGGCCUCCUGCGUGGGUUUUCUUUGGGUACUCUGGUUUCCUCCCACAUCCCAAAAACAUGCAUGGUGGGUCAAUUGGAGACUCUAAAUUGUCCGUAAGUGUGAAUGUGAGUGUGAAUGGUUGUUUGUCUAUAUGUGCCCUGCGAUUGGCUGACAACCAGUUCAGGGUGUACCCCGCCUCUCGCCCACAGUUAGCGGGGAUAGGCUCCAGCACACCCACGACCUUAGUGAGGAUAAGCUGUGUCGAAAAUGGAUGGAUCGUAGACUUUCUAGGUCAUAGGGAUGGUACAAAACGUUUUGAAAUGAUUUCUCAUGGUCCUAUUGCUUUAUAUCACAAAAGCUUGGAAUUUGAUUAGGGGUUCUGUAGACGUGCGUGUGUGCGUGCGAGCGAGAGAGUGAGUGAUUUCUCCUGGACCAAUGAACAUUUAGCACAUUUUCAUCCACUGUUGCCCUGAAGCAGAAACACCAGAGCUUCCUCACUCAGACCUGAAGCGUUACACCACUUCACUGUCAAAGUGAACAAACUCCCUUUGUGUCAUUUUGUCAUGCAACGUUUGUGUGUGCGGUUCUGUGUCAUACGUGUACAUUAUAAGUGUAAUAUUUAAGUUGUGUACGUCCAAAAAUAUCCAACAAACCGGGUAUCCUGUGGGACCGUUUAACAGGUACUGAAUCUGCGAUUGCAGCUUGCACUCUCAACUACUCAAAAACUGCUCGUUCCCAACUUGCCCACCACAAGUCGACAAGAACUUGAGACAGGGAGACAAGAUUUGGAACCAUAUCCAAUCCAAAAUGUUUGAGAUAGUAUUGGCAGAUCAGUAGGCUUGUGUUCCUUGUCUGAGCUCAAAUAGGUAUCAGAACCAAAAUGCUCGCGGUAGCUGAGGAUGAAACUAAGAUUAAUAGGUCGCUUCCUUGUCAGAGCUCUAAUGGGUGCAAUUUUCACAAUGUCAGGGCAAGAAUCCAAUUGAUUCUGAGCGAUAUUCAAUCCUGUUUGAGGUAGCUUCGGAGGGGCAUACUCCUUGUUAGGGCUCUCGUAUGUUAUUUUCAAUCUAUCCUCAAAAUGUUAUGUUCAGGGAAACAACCCUAUUGAUUUUGUACAACAUCUGUUUUAUUACUUGCUGAAUUUUCCUUUCCUCAACAGUAAAAGGAGCAAUUUUUAAGCUUUCAGGGGUUAUUGAUCUAUGUAAGGGCAGAACCCUGGGGAAUUUGUUCAAGAUACGAACAAAAAAGCUUGAGGUCGCUUAAAUUGAAGGUGAGAUUAGUAAGUAUGUGAUAGAACAUCAAGCUUGUUGUGGUGAUUAUUAUUUAUUAUUAUUAUUAUUAUAAUAUGCCAGAGCAAGAAUGCUACUGAUUUUGUACGAUGUCCAGUCUGAGAGGCACAAGGCAGCUGAUGUAUAAAGCUAAUCGGAGGAGGAACACGUUCCUUGUCACAAUUCUAGUAGAUGCAAUUUUCUUCAAGUCUUCAAACUUUCAUGGCUUAUUCUUCAUUGUCUGCGCAAGAACCCUGUUGAUUUUGGUACGCUGUUACACCCGAGAUGCGCGAGGGUCAUCGAGCAUGUCUAGCACUAACCUCGCUGGGAGCAUGCAGCGUUUCCUCCAAUGUCGAAAUUAUGAGGCCGAUAUUAUUUCACUGUUCAAUAAUUGAGUGGCACUCAAGUGAUUCUUAUAGACUAUUAGUUUAAUUGUGCAUCAUCCUUAAAGGAAAUCACACAACUUUGUACUCAGAGGGAAGAGAGGCUCAUCAGGGAUUACAACUGAGGAGUCAAACCGCUCUCCUCAGAAAUACCCAGCAUGCAAUAUUUUUCCAACAUACGCCUGUGUCCCUAUAAGAACUAGUGAAACAGAAAAUGUUACCAGCCACGUUUCCUUGACUACUGUAUGUAAAUGUUGCUUGAUUUGUCAACCAAAACUGUUGUUAAAAGAUAAUUCUUCCCCCAAAGGCUAUUGCUCAUAUCUACAGGAUUAUUGUGUAUUUCUUUUCAUCGCUAACACUGCAAAGUGGUAUUAGGGCUGCACUGACUAUAAAAUAAAAAUCCAAUCAUGCGGAAAAACUCAUGAAUGUUACAAGACUAAGUGGUAAUGUUACAAUAAAAAUAGAAAAUAAAAGAUGUUAUACUCUGGCAAAACAGUUAAUGUGCAAAAUAGUAGAUGGGAGAGAAAAAAAAGUGUUAAAAAUAACAAGGAAAAGGGUUAUAAUGUCAAAAAAUAAAAACAUUGCGAGGAAAAAUAUGAUGUUCAAAAAAUAAAAACAUACUCGUAAAUGUCAAUGUUAAAAGAAUAAAGAUUUAAUGAGGAAAAAGUCAUACGGUUAGAAGGAUAGACAUAAUUACAAGAAAAAGUAAAAUGUUAAAAGAAUAAGGACAUGAUAGUAAAAGGAAAAAAGAAUAGUAUAAUAGACAUACUAUGAGAAUCACGAUGUAGCAUGACAAUCAGAAUCAGAAUCAUCUUUAUUUGCCAAGUAUGUCCAAAAAACACACAAGGAAUUUGUCUCCGGUAGUUGGAGCCGCUCUAGUACGACAACAGACAGUCAAUUGACAGAGAACACUUUUGAGACAUAGAGACAUUGACAAAAAAAAAAACAGUCACUGAGCAGUAAAGGGUUGCUAGUUAUCUGGUAAUGUCGGUACAAAUUAUUUUUUAUUUUGUUACAAUUGUGCAAAAGAUGCAGAGUCCUCUAGCACUUAGAGCAGUUCGAAUGACUAAUAUAGAAAUAGUCCGGUGCAAUGACCAUUGUGCAAAGGGCGCCGAGACUUCAAGGAGUGUAUGCGGUUUAAAGUGACGAGUAGGGCGAUAAUCUGGGACAAUGUUGAUUGUGAUGUUGCAGAUACUCCUCAAUCAGUGUGCAAAUGGAGCAGAUGCUACUCUGGCAUGAGCAGAUGCUACUCUGGCAUGAUUGGCCAGUAUUGGUCAACAACAGAUAUGCAAAUAGUGCAGCGUGGCGAGACAACUACAGUGAGUGCACGAGUAAUAUAUAAUUGGCCCCACAGAAAUGUGACAAUGAACUCAAGUCAAAAAAUUGCCAGCAUGUUUUAAUGGAAUUGUAGGUUAGGUGUUUAAGAAGUUUAUUGUAAGAGGGACGAAGCUGUUGGAAUGUCUGCUAGUUCUAGUUUGCAUUGAUCGGUCGUGCCUGCCUGAGGGGAGGAGCUGGAAGAGCUGAUGACCGGGAUGCGGAGGGUCCGAGAGGAUUUUGCACGCUCUUGUCUUAGUUCUGGCAGCGUGCAAGUCCUCAAGGGUGGGUAGGGGUGUACCGACAAUCCUUUCAGCAGUUUUGAUUGUCCGUUGCAGUCGGAGUUUGUCCUUUUUUGUAGCAGCACCAAACCAGACUGCGAUGGAAGAACACAGGACUGAUUCGAUGACCGCUGGGUCGAACUGUGGCAUAUGAAAAGAAAGUUGUUAUAAGAAUAACAUUUUCAUGUAAAAUGUUAAAACGUUUAAAGAAAAGAGAAAAAAGAUUAUCAAAAGCAAAAAGUCGGGAUCGGAGAAGUCAUAUUACAAGAAUAAAGUCAUAUUACAAAAAACAUCUAUUAUACGAUGUUUAAAAUGCUGUUUUUCACUUGUAAUAAUAAGACCAUUGUUUCAAAAAUCAAAGGUUUUUCUUUGAAUUUACAACAUAUUUCUUGUAGGUUACUAGUCUGAUUCCUUUAUCCCCAUAAUUUUUAAAAUUGUGGUUUAUUACUGUAUUCUUCAUAAAAUGACAAGAGUUCCUCCUAAUAUUUCCACAUUAUCCUCAUAAAAUCGUGAGUGUUUCUCUGGGUUUAUUUUUGUCAUAAAAUGUUUUUAUUGGGGUCUGCCCCUUUGAUUUCUGAAAUUUGCGGUUUUCCUCAUAAUAUUGUAUUACGACUUUAUGGGAUGGUGAGGUUUCUCCUCAUGAAAUUAUGACUUCAUCCUAGUAAUUUCUGUGACUUUGUCCUUUGAGCAGUUUUCCUUUCCACUGUGGCCCUAAUACAUCAUUGCACAUCAUUCAAAAAUAGACCUUUUUAAUUAUUUAGGAAGAAAUACCCUAGCGGGACCAUCAAUUAGCAUCCUCUUUCAAAUCAGGGACAUUGUGAAUGAGCUGUGUAUGUUUUGCAUGCGUUGAGGAUGCCAAUGUGGAGUAAGUGUGUAUUUUGUAUUAUUUAAGUGUAAAUUAUUCACAACGCGUAGACUGCCUCUGAGUUCCUGGCUGCCAAUAUUUGUGAUAAAUGUUUUACUCUUGGAGGCCAUUAAACUUCAAUGAAGGACAA